AUGGAUCACCGAGGCCGACGAGGCAUAGGCCUGAACCGAAUCCCCGGGACUCAGUUUCGCAUUCCCCGGGCCCCACUGCCCUUUCAUGUGGAACAAGAAGCCAGAGAAGGAGAAGAAUGGGAGAGAGAGCUACCUCGUCAAAGACCUCCUGUCUAUGGGCCCCCAGAAACUGAAGAGCUCCAAGACAAUGUUAUGGUUUUCCCAGGACUGAAAAGGGCAAAGGGAGUCAUGGCACAGUUCACACAGACCACUGUAAAAAGAAAGAAACGCCUGUUGGUUCAGAUGCAGAAAGUUUCUGCAUUGGGGAAGAGGGUUCAUGACGAGGAGGCUUUGUGGAAGGACAAGAGGGGGCGCCUGCCCCUGCCGCUGCUGCUGUUCCUGCUGCCGGCUGGGGCUCUACAAGGCUCUGAGACUGAGGAGAGGCCCCGGACCCGCGAAGAGGAGUGCCACUUCUACGCGGGUGGACAAGUGUACCCCGGGGAGGCUUCCCGGGUGUCUGUCGCAGACCACUCCCUGCACCUAAGCAAAGCCAAGAUUUCCAAGCCAGCACCUUACUGGGAAGGAACAGCUGUGAUAAAUGGAGAAUUUAAGGAGCUCAAGUUAACUGAUUAUCGUGGGAAAUACUUGGUUUUCUUCUUCUACCCACUUGAUUUCACAUUUGUGUGUCCAACUGAAAUCAUCGCUUUUGGUGACAGAAUUGAAGAAUUCAGAUCUAUUAAUACUGAAGUGGUAGCGUGCUCUGUUGAUUCGCAGUUUACCCAUCUGGCCUGGAUUAAUACCCCUCGAAGACAAGGAGGACUUGGACCAAUAAAGAUUCCACUUCUUUCAGAUCUGACUCAUCAGAUCUCAAAGGAUUACGGUGUAUAUCUAGAGGACUCAGGCCACACUCUUAGAGGUCUCUUCAUUAUUGAUGACAAAGGAAUCCUGAGACAGAUUACUCUGAAUGACCUUCCUGUGGGCAGAUCAGUGGAUGAGACACUGCGUUUGGUUCAAGCAUUCCAGUACACUGACAAGCACGGAGAAGUCUGCCCUGCUGGCUGGAAACCUGGUAGCGAAACAAUUAAACCUGAAGAUGCCAUGAAAGCCUGGUGGCCAAGAGAAGAGCUAUAAUCCCAGAUCCAGCUGGAAAACUGAAGUAUUUUGAUAAACUCAACUGAAAAAUACUUCACAUUGUGAUGCUUGAAAGCUCUCAAUAAAGCUCACCGUUCAAUUA